AUGAAUCAGCCUGAUGAAUAUGUCACACUUUCCGGUACAGAUGUUCUACUGCUGCAUUCACAAGUCCAAGAUAUAAGUUUGCUACUGAAUACCACAGUAACCGGGGAGCAGAGUUACACAACAGGGGAGCAGAGUUACACAACAGGGGAGCAGAGUAACUCAACAGGGGAGCAGAGUUACACAACAGGGGGAGCAGAAUUACACAACAGGGGGAGCAGAAUUACACAACAGGGGGAGCAGAAUUACACAACAGGGGAGCAGAGUUACUCAACAGGGGAGCAGAGUUACACAACAGGGGGAGCAGAAUUACACAACAGGGGAGCAGAGUUACACAACAGGGGAGCAGAGUUACACAACAGGGGAGCAGAGUUACACAACAGGGGAGCAGAGUUACACAACAGGGGAGCAGAGUUACACAACAGGGGAGCAGAGUUACACAACAGGGGGAGCAGAAUUACACAACAGGGGGAGCAGAAUUACACAACAGGGGGAGCAGAAUUACACAACAGGGGGAGCAGAGUUACACAACAGGAGAGCAGAGUUACACAACAGGGGAGCAGAGUUACACAACAGGGGAGCAGAGUUACACAACAGGGGAGCAGAGUUACACAACAGGGGGAGCAGAGUUACACAACAGGGGAGCAGAGUUACACAACAGGGGAGCAGAGUUACACAACAGGAGAGCAGAGUUACACAACAGGAGAGCAGAGUUACACAACAGGGGGAGCAGAAUUACACAACAGGGAAGCAGAGUUACACAACAGGGGAGCAGAGUUACACAACAGGGGAGCAGAGUUACACAACAGAGGAGCAGAGUUACAUAACAGAGGAGCAGAGUUACACAACAGGGGAGCAGAGUUACAUAACAGAGGAGCAGAGUUACACAACAGGGGAGCAGAGUUACACAACAGGGGAGCAGAGUUACAUAACAGAGGAGCAGAGUUACACAACAGGGGAGCAGAGUUGCGCAACAGAGGAGCAGAGUUACACAACAGGGGAGCAGAGUUACACAACAGAGGAGCAAAGUUACACAACAGGGGAGCAGAGUUACACAACAGGGGAGCAGAGUUACACAACAGGGGAGCAGAGUUACACAACAGGGGAGCAGAGUUACACAACAGGGGAGCAGAGUUACACAACAGGAGAGCAGAGUUGCGCAACAGAGGAGCAGAGUUACACAACAGGGGAGCAGAGUUACACAACAGGGGAGCAGAGUUACACAACAGGAGAGCAGAGUUACACAACAGGAGAGCAGAGUUACACAACAGGGGAGCAGAGUUACACAACAGGGGAGCAGAGUUACACAACAGGGGAGCAGAGUUACACAACAGAGGAGCAGAGCUACACAACAGGGGAGCAGAGUUACACAACAGGGGAGCAGAGUUACACAACAGGAGAGCAGAGUUACACAACAGGGGAGCAGAGUUACACAACAGGGGAGCAGAGUUACACAACAGGGGAGCAGAGUUACACAACAGGGGAGCAGAGUUACACAACAGGGGAGCAGAGUUACACAACAGGGGAGCAGAGUUACACAACAGGGGAGCAGAGUUACACAACAGGGGAGCAGAGUUACACAACAGGGGAGCAGAGUUACACAACAGGGGAGCAGAGUUACACAACAGGGGAGCAGAGUUACACAACAGGGGAGCAAAGUUACACAACAGGGGAGCAGAGUUACACAACAGGGGAGCAGAGUUACACAACAGGGGAGCAGAGUUACACAACAGGGGAGCAGAGUUACACAACAGGGGAGCAGAGUUACACAACAGGGGAACAGAAUUACACAACAGGGGAGCAAAGUUACACAAGAUAAUUAAUACAGAAUUAGUAUCAUAUAUUACAGUUUUACAAUAUUUAGCUGCACAUUUAGCUGCACAUUUCAUUAUUAUUGUUCAGUAAUUUGAAUCAAUUGGUAAUUAAUAAUAAAUUAUACUUUGUGGGUGAUAGAUUUGUGAAAGUGUUUUUUCAACCAUAGAAAACACGAACAUUAAUAUAGAAAUAUAAGGAAAAGUGACAAU